AUGGGAAUCGAUGGGCUGCACGGCGUCCUGAAGCCGUACUGCCUGCCCAGCCACGUGCGCGAGCUGGCGGGGCACCGCGUGGGGGUGGACGCCUGGAGCUGGCUGCACAGGGGCGCCGUGGGCGCGGCCCGAGAGCUGGCCACAGGCGAGCGGCCCUGGGAGGAGCGUGGAAAAACUAUUCGCCUCCCGGCCCUGGACGUGCAGGGGCGGGAGCAGGAGGCGCAGGGCGUGUUCAUGCAGUGCGUGGACGUCACCGCUGACAUGGCGCACGAGGUGGCGGCGCGCCUACGGGAGCGCGGCGUGGAGUUCGUGGUGGCGCCUUAUGAGGCAGACCCGCAGCUGGCAUACCUGUCAUCCAUCCCUGAGCGCGAGGGCGGCAUCGCAGCAGUGAUCACAGAGGAUUCGGACCUUGUGGCGUAUGGCUGCCGCCGAGUGCUUUUCAAGAUGGAC